AUGGCUGUGGAUUUCAGUGGAAGCUGGAAACUUUAUGAACAGAAGAAUCCAGAAGAGUUUCUCAGAGCCAUUGCUGUUCCAGAGAUUUACAUUAAAAUGAUGAAUGAAGUGAAACCCGUAACGAUGAUUCAACAGAAUGGAGAUGAAUUCAGUAUCUGUGUGAAAACUCCCUUGAGAAGCAACACAAACACCUUCACCAUCGGCACUGAGACGGAGUUCAACACCAUAGAUGGUAAAAAGAUCAAGGGAACAGCUCGACUCAUCGAUGGAAAGAUUGUGAUUGAAUCAGAAAAAUUCACACACGUGAGAGAAAUACAAGGAGAAGAGAUGAUAGAGACUCUUUCUGCCGGAAAUGCAACCCUCAUCAGGAGAAGCAGACGCAUUUAA